CGCACGUUCGUUUCUCCCCGCGUGCGGGGGGUCUCGGGGGCUGCGGCAGCGGCGGGCAGACGGAGCGUGGCAGCGCCGUAGCGGCCGCCGCGGGCUGGCCGGCUGGCCAUGGAGGCGGAUGGGGCCGGCGAGCAGAUGAGACCGCUACUCACCCGGGGUCCUGAUGAAGAAGCUGUUGUGGAUCUUGGCAAAACCAGUUCAACUGUGAACACCAAGUUUGAAAAAGAAGAACUAGAAAGUCACCGAGCUGUGUAUGUUGGUGUUCAUGUCCCGUUUAGUAAAGAGAGCCGUCGGCGCCAUAAGCAUCGUGGACACAAGCAUCAUCACCGGAAAAGAAAAGAUAAAGAAUCAGAUAGAGAAGAUGGUCGGGAAUCUCCUUCUUAUGAUACACCAUCCCAAAGAGUUCAGUUUAUCCUUGGUACUGAAGAUGAUGAUGAAGAACAUAUUCCUCAUGAUCUCUUUACGGAAAUGGAUGAACUGUGUUACAGAGAUGGCGAAGAGUAUGAAUGGAAAGAAACUGCCAGAUGGUUAAAAUUUGAAGAAGAUGUCGAAGAUGGUGGUGACCGAUGGAGUAAACCUUAUGUGGCAACUCUUUCUUUGCACAGUCUUUUUGAGUUAAGAAGUUGCAUCCUGAAUGGAACUGUCAUGCUGGAUAUGAGAGCAAGCACACUUGAUGAAAUAGCAGAUAUGGUAUUAGACAACAUGAUAGCCUCUGGCCAACUGGAUGAGUCCAUAAGGGAGAAUGUCAGAGAAGCUCUUCUCAAGAGACAUCAUCAUCAAAAUGAGAAACGAUUCGCCAGUCGGAUUCCCCUUGUUCGAUCUUUUGCAGAUAUAGGCAAGAAACAUUCUGACCCUCACUUGCUUGAAAGGAAUGGGGAAGGCCUUUCAGCCUCCCACCACUCUUUGCGAACAGGUCUGUCUGCCUCAAAACUUUCAUUGAGAGGAGAAUCGCCUUUAUCUCUUCUUCUCAGUCAUCUUCUUCCUUCUUCAAGAGCUGGAACCCCUGCAGGCUCGAGCUGUACAACCCCAGUACCCACCCCUCCAAACAGUCCUCCUUCCAGCCCUAGCGCCAUUCGCCUGACCUCCAGAACUUCUCAGCAGAGUCAGCUUCAGGCCCCAGAACUAUUGGUUUCAUCUGCCAGUGAUGAUAUUCCCACAGUAGUAAUUCAUCCGCCUGAGGAAGACUUAGAAGCACUGAAAGGCCAGGAGCAGAAGAAUGAGGAAAAUGUUGACAUAACACCAGGUAUUUUGGCCUCUCCACAGUCUGCACCUGGAAAUUUGGACAAUAGUAAAGGUGGAGAAAUUAAAGGUAAUGGAGGUGGAGGAAGCAGAGAAAAUAGUACUGUUGACUUCAGCAAGGUUGAUAUGAAUUUCAUGAGAAAAAUUCCUUCGGGGGCUGAGGCAUCUAAUGUUCUGGUGGGAGAAGUAGAUUUUUUGGAAAGACCCAUCAUUGCAUUUGUGCGACUGGCUCCUGCUGUUCUCCUCUCAGGGUUGACUGAGGUCCCUGUUCCUACAAGGUUUUUGUUUCUAUUAUUGGGUCCAGCGGGCAAAGCUCCGCAAUACCAUGAAAUUGGAAGAUCAAUAGCCACUCUCAUGACAGAUGAGAUUUUUCAUGAUGUAGCUUAUAAAGCAAAGGACAGAAAUGACCUAUUAUCUGGAAUUGAUGAAUUUUUAGAUCAAGUAACUGUCCUACCUCCAGGAGAAUGGGAUCCCUCUAUUCGCAUAGAACCACCCAAAAGUGUUCCUUCUCAGGAAAAGAGAAAGAUUCCUGUAUUUCCCAAUGGAUCUGCCCCCAGCUCUGGUGAGAUCCCUAAAGAGGCUGCUCACCAUGCGGGGCCGGAGCUCCAAAGGACCGGACGGCUUUUUGGUGGUUUGAUACUUGACAUCAAAAGGAAAGCACCUUUUUUCUUGAGUGACUUCAAGGAUGCAUUAAGUCUGCAGUGCCUGGCCUCGAUUCUUUUCCUAUACUGUGCCUGUAUGUCUCCUGUAAUCACUUUUGGAGGGCUGCUUGGAGAAGCUACAGAAGGCAGAAUAAGUGCAAUAGAAUCUCUUUUUGGAGCAUCAAUAACUGGGAUUGCCUAUUCAUUGUUUGCUGGGCAACCUCUGACAAUAUUGGGGAGCACAGGUCCAGUUUUAGUAUUUGAAAAAAUUUUAUUUAAAUUCUGCAGAGAUUAUCAACUUUCCUAUCUAUCUUUAAGAACCAGUAUUGGUCUUUGGACUUCUUUCUUGUGCAUUGUCUUGGUUGCAACAGAUGCAAGCAGCCUUGUGUGCUAUAUUACUCGAUUUACAGAAGAGGCUUUUGCAGCUCUCAUUUGUAUCAUUUUCAUCUACGAGGCUUUGGAGAAGCUCUUUCACUUAGGAGAAAUAUAUGCAUUUAAUAUGCACAACAAUUUAGAUAAAUUGACCAGCUACUCGUGUGUAUGCAUUGAACCUCCUAACCCUAGCAAUGAGACGCUAAUGGUGUGGAAGGAAAAGAAUAUAACAGCAGAUGGUAUUUCUUGGGAAAAUCUCACUGUUUCUGAAUGUAAAGCCUUUCGUGGUGAGUUUGUAGGAUCAGCUUGUGGUCUUCAUGGUCCUUAUAUUCCAGAUGUGCUCUUUUGGUGUGUCAUCUUAUUUUUCACAACGUUUUUCCUGUCUUCAUUCCUCAAGCAAUUUAAGACCAAGCGCUAUUUUCCUACUAAGGUGCGGUCGACAAUCAGUGACUUUGCUGUGUUUCUCACAAUAGUAAUAAUGGUUGCAAUUGACUACCUUGUAGGAGUUCCAUCUCCUAAGCUUCAUGUUCCUGAGAAGUUCCAGCCUACUGAUCCAAAUAGGGGCUGGAUCAUAAGCCCAUUGGGAGAAAAUCCUUGGUGGACCUUAUUAAUAGCUGCUAUUCCAGCUCUGCUUUGUACCAUUCUCAUCUUUAUGGAUCAACAAAUUACAGCUGUCAUCAUAAACAGAAAGGAACACAAAUUGAAGAAAGGAGCUGGUUAUCACCUUGAUUUGUUCAUGGUUGGUGUUAUGCUGGGGGUUUGCUCUGUCAUGGGACUACCAUGGUUUGUGGCUGCAACAGUGUUGUCUAUAAGUCAUGUCAACAGCUUGAAAGUUGAAUCUGAAUGUUCUGCUCCAGGGGAACAACCCAAAUUUUUGGGAAUUCGUGAACAGCGGGUUACAGGACUAGUGAUAUUUAUUCUUAUGGGCCUAUCUGUGUUCAUGACUUCAGCAUUAAAGUUUAUUCCAAUGCCUGUUCUGUAUGGUGUUUUCCUUUACAUGGGAGUUUCCUCACUGAAAGGAAUUCAGUUUUUUGACCGAAUAAAAUUAUUUGGAAUGCCUGCUAAGCAUCAACCUGACCUGAUAUACCUUCGUUAUGUGCCUCUCUGGAAGGUGCAUAUCUUUACAGUCAUUCAGCUCACUUGUCUGGUUCUUUUAUGGGUGAUAAAAGCUUCAGCUGCUGCAGUAGUCUUUCCCAUGAUGGUUCUUGCAUUAGUCUUUAUACGAAAACUCAUGGACCUGUGUUUCACAAAGAGAGAACUUAGUUGGCUUGAUGAUCUAAUGCCAGAGAGUAAGAAAAAAAAAGAAGAUGACAAAAAAAAAGAGAAAGAGGAGGCCGAGCGAAUGCUUCAAGCUGGGGAUGAUACUGUGCACCUUCCAUUUGAAAGGGGAAGUCUGUUGCAAAUUCCGGUUAAAGCCCUAAAAUACAGUGAUGAUCCCUCAGUUGUUAAUAUAUCAGAUGAAAUGGCCAAAACUGCACAGUGGAAGGCACUUUCCAUGAAUACUGAGAAUGCCAAAGUAACCAGAGCUAACACGAGCCCUGAAAAAUCUGAGAGUGUGAAAAUUGAUUUUGAAGAUGAAUCAACAAAGAAAUACAUGGAUGCUGAAACGUCAUUAUAGAAUGAAACCAGGAGGAAUUAUAUAUAGAUAUACAGACAUAUAUGUAUAUGUAUACAUAUAUAUAUUAUGUGUAUGUUUUCAUAUCACUGUAUAUAACAAUAUUGUAUGUCAUGCUGUUUAUGUGUGACUACUGGAUUUUUUUUGAAGUAGUGUGUGAAGUUUAUUAGGAGCACCAUGAAGACUGUGUAUACUAUGAAAUGGUCUCUUAGAAGUGAGGUACAUGAUUCCUAGUAUUUAGAUAUUUAUUAUGUUGGAAAUUAUUUUUUUUCCUGUAAAAGAUCGAUGUGGAAAAUGCAAUCUAUUUUUCUUUAAAUCUAUUUGUUCAUUAGUGUCAAUUAAGUGAUAAUGUGCUUUUUUAGAUGUUUAUAAUUUUUACUUGAGUUACUAAAAGUUUCCCCAUACUGUUUCACUUCUUUUAGUGCUUUAAGAGAAGUCCAGGGAGUCUUUAUGCCAGUUCUAUAGACAAACAGUAACAUGUCAUGGCUUAACUGUAGUUUACUUAUAUAGAUGUCCUUCAUGUUACCACAAGUGAUGGAAUUUUUUGGUUAUAGAAGGUAGGACAAUGGAAACUUUCUUGAUAAAAACUGUAGUUUUGUGAUUUCAUGUUUUUUUUUUAAUCUUAGAAUAUUAAAACCUUAGAAACUUUCAGGUUUCCAUUUUGAUAGAGAAGUAAAAUCACAGAUAAUUUUAUAAUUUAGCCCCUAAACCAGCCAAAACAUUACGAAUUUUAGAAGCUGUAGAAGCUAGUUUAUUAUAGUUUGUUUUUCUUGCAUUUUGUGGAGUUGUUUUCUUAAAUCCUAAUUCUUUAUAAGAAUCCACAAUGCCCACUCUUUUUCUGCCUUUGUUGUCUUUUACUUAAAUUAUUAAUUUAUAUCAGGCUCAAAAAUCUUGAUUGUUUUUGCAUUAUGAAUAGUAUAAUUGAAUAAUCAGGAGUCAAAAUUCUCUUAAAUGGGUUUAUGAUCAGUAUUACUUUAUAUGCAGAUGAUAUUUAAAAGAUUGUUUUCCAUGAUUUAAUCUUAAAAUAUUUUAAUAUGAUAGUAUAUAAACAUUUGAAAAUGUAACAGACUUAGAGUAAAUUGUUACUGUAAAUAAUUGGUGCUCACUUUCAUUUAUGGUUUAUUAUCUGAUAGCAGUUGAUAGAUUUCACAUUCUUUUGAUAUUAAAGCACUGCCAUAUUUGUAUUUUAAAAGGAAUUUAGACAUGUAUAGCUCAGAUUGAUUGCAUUCUUUCUAUUUUGUUAGUAUUUGUUAAUUUCUGAUUUUCUGAGAUUUUUUUUUACUUUUAGUAAACCUUUUUUAGUCAUCUUUUAUACUCUUUACAUGAAAUAAAUAUUCUUCAUAAGCCUGUAGGACUGGAUGAAUGGGGUUAUGGAACUGAUUUGGCAAGAGGAUAACUUAUAAAAACCAAAUGAGUAUUGAAAAGCCACAGAAAUAUAAAAAAUGGUGAUAUGAAUAUUAGGAUGAAAAUUUUAUUGAGAUUCUAAUUCUCUCUUUAAUUAUUUUUAAUUGAAAUAAAUAUAGAAGUAUGAAGAAUUGAUCCUAGAGGAUCAUGAGAAAUGCCAAAAACUGAUAUUUUUGCCAUUCUAAGGUGUUUAUAAUCCAAACUACCGGUUCCCAUCUGAGACCAUAUCAUCAGAUUCUGGUUAUAAAAUGGAUUCAAGUUAUGUCUUAGAUGAGAGGUUGGAAAUAUAACUUAUUUAGAAAAUAUAGCUGGCAUCAUUUGGUACUGUGUCUAAAAGAGUUAGACUCUAUUGGCAAUUAAUAAUAGAAUAUUACCCAUGGUGCUUGUUACUGUUUAGGAGCUUCCAUUGAAGUGAUUUUCCUUCUUAUUCAUAGCAGCAUAGUAAUUUCCAAAGACCCCAGUAUUUGCUGCUAUUUUAUAAAUUCUGCUAAUGUAUCUGAACCAAGAGGAUUUCCUCACAUCAUUUUCUUGUUGGUCAUCAUAGGGUUAACAAAUACACUUAUUCUUCAGGAAGUGAUUUUAAAUUUUAAACUGAAAACUACCUGGCAUCAUAGAUUUUCUGUGAUUUUAUUUAAUUAUGUAUAGUAAUUUUCCAGUGCCAGAAAAACCAUGACUUGCAAAAUACUUUGCACUCAAAAUAUUUUUACUGUUUCUAAUUGUUAAUGGUUUCUGCUUUCUUUUGACUACUUGACUUACAAAAUGAUCUGAUAUGACUACUCCAUUGAAGAGUGAAGGUAACUCAUUUAAGUAAUUGACUGCUUGUUUUACAUGGCUAUUGAUAUUUUUUCCACUUUUUAAAAAAUAAAAUCAUGGUUAACAUUCAUUUCAAGACAGUGAAAAAUAUAAUUUACUGCAUAUAUUAGUUUAUAAAUGUUGCCUUAAAUAGGUGUAAAUGAGCAGUAGUAAUUGCUAUGUACUGAUUUACCUCAAGGUGCAAAAUAAUUAAACCUGUACAUAUUCCAUUUACAAAAUAAAUUCAUAUAAACAAGCCUGCACUUUCUUAGAUGCCUUGGUUUCCAGGAAGGAGCUUAGUGCUACUGAAUUACCCUGGCUGCAGGGCAACCUCAGGAUAUUCUUCUCCCUAUCCUAUUUUAUUUAUUUUAUAGAUGUCUGUUUACAAAGAGUAUAAUGAAUCCAGAUAUUGACCAUAUGAAAUUUACUUUCUUUUGAAUGCUAUUUCAUUUUAAAAUAGCAGCUUUUGAGAAAACAAUGAACUUCCUUAUGGUAAAAGAGUGAGUCUAUAUAUUAUCUAAUAAUAUUAAAUAUGCUGAAAUGAAACAUGCAAUCUUUAGUGUGUGUGUUGUGUGUGAAAGACAGAGGCAGUGUAUGAAUGUGUUUGGAAAUGAUGUUAUCAAUCUUAAAUUUCUUAAGUUGUUUUAGAAAGCUGUGGUGUACCAAUGUUCAUAUUUGCCAAGUUUUCUGUAAAGUGUGCAGGACAGACUUUUUUUAUAUGCUAAUGCAUGUAUUUAUAAAGCAGAUUUUUUUUGCCACUCAAAAUUAUUAGCUUGGUUUUUUGCCAUCCAAAAUCCAUUUCUGUUUCUCCACAUAAAGUUCAUGUGUGUAUUAUAAUAACUUUCUAAUUUUUUCCUUUCCCAAAGACAGGUUCAAAAUUCUGUAAAAAAGGAUAUGGUUUCUGAAACUGAGAUCUAACACCAGAGCUUGCCAUUUUUAAAGGAUUGUAUCAUUUAUAUUAAUUCUGUAAAUGUGUUCAACCAUUUUACAUGUGAACCCUGUUUUGAAGUGCUUAGAUUUCGGAUGUGUAAGCCAUUGAUGAAACAUUGUAAUUCAAAAUGUUUAAAUUAAAUAACUUAAUGUUUUAAAUAUAUUUAUGUAGAUCACAUCAUUGUUAUUGUAUACAGUACAAAUGUGUGAAAUAUUUUGGUUUAAUCCAAUUAUUUAUUUUUUAGAGAAUAAAUUUAAAAACUAAGAACAUUCAAAGUUUACACUAGUGUUUAAAAUUCGAACUUUGGUAACUUUAGUGUAAAGUUGGCUCUUUUCUAGCCUUUCAAAAGGUAAUAUAGGUUUAAUGACAGAAAUACAUAGUUGGAGGUGAAAUCAUUUUUAAAGUUUAAUUUAAACAUAUUAAAACAUAUUAACUUCUGUAGUUCAUAUAAAGAAAUUGUUAAACCCCAGUAUUUUUUCAAUCAGAUUUUUGUGCAUAGAUUGGUUUUCAGUUGUGGCUUUUCUUUUGUUGCUUUAAUAAUAAAGUUUUUGUUUUGUUUUUUUUAGGGGGGCUAUCAUCUUCCAAUGUUUACUAUGCUUAAAUAAAUAGAAACUGAAAUUUAUUAUUCAUUUAUAUAAUAUUUGAUAGCUUGACAUAAUUUCACAGUUUGAAUUUUUAUGACUUUUAUAAUUACAAUAUUUUCUUUUGUAAUAAAAUCCAAAGUAAAUUAAACAUUGAAAAUAGAACUGAUAUUUUCAUUUACAUGAAGUACUAGUCUCUAUGAAGUCUAUAAUGUGAAUGAUCCUGCCUUUCAGUUUUGUUUCAUAAUUGUUAAAAAAAACCCUAUUUUUUGGAAAUGUUAUUGAAGUGAAAGAGCAAUAAAAGUCUACUGAACUUGUUGGA